AUGCGGCUUCUGGCGCCCCUCACCCUCUGCCUUGGCCUCUGGGCAGGGCUCAGCGCUGCUGUCAUUCCAGUGGAGGAGGAGGAUCCAUCCUUCUGGAACAAGCAAGCGGCUGCUGCCAUUGAGGCCUCCUUCAGAAUCCAGCCCAGAAUAAACCAAGCCAAAAACCUCAUCCUCUUCCUCGGGGAUGGAUUCGGGAUCCCCACCAUCACGGCCACUCGCAUCCUAAAGGGGCAGGAGCAGGGAAAGCUGGGCCCCGAGACCCCCCUUGCCCUGGAUGCUUUUCCCUACGUGGCUCUCUCCAAGACGUACAACGGGGACCGGCAGGUCCCCGACAGCGCGGGCACGGCCACCGCCUACCUCUGCGGGGUGAAGGGCAACUACCAGACAGUGGGGCUGAGUGCUGCUGCCCGCCACUCGCAGUGCAACACCACGGCGGGCAACGAGGUGGUCUCGGUGCUGGAGAGAGCCCGCAAAGCUGGGAAGGCAGUGGGCAUCGUGACAACAACGCGGGUGCAGCACGCGUCACCCUCGGGGACCUACGCCCACGUGGUGAACCGCAACUGGUACGCGGAUGCCAGCAUGCCCGCGGACGCCCGCAGCCAGGGCUGCAAGGACAUCGCCUGGCAGCUGGUCCACAACGUCGACAUCAACGUGAUCUUAGGGGGUGGUCGGAAAUACAUGACCCCUGCGGGGACACCAGACCCUGAGUAUCCCACCUACAGCUCAGAGAACGGGAUGCGUGAGGAUGGGAAUAACCUCAUCAACAUGUGGCUGGAAGCGCGGCCGGGUGCCCACUAUGUCUGGAACAGGACGGAGAUGCUGGCCACUGCCGCUGACCCCAGUGUGACUUAUCUGAUGGGCCUCUUUGAACCCGCGGACAUGAAGUACAACAUGGUGCGUAACCCCACCCUGGACCCAUCGCUCACCGAGAUGAUGGAGGCAGCCAUCACCAUCCUCCACGGGAACCCCAAUGGCUUCUACCUCCUGUCUGCAGGUGGCAGGAUCGACCACGGCCAUCACGAUGGUGCGGCCUACAAGGCGCUGUCGGAGGCAGUGGAGUUCGACCGCGCCAUCGAGCGGGCAGGCACCCUGACCGACGAGGCUCAGACCCUCACCGUCAUCACCGCCGACCACUCGCACGUCUUCUCCUUCGGUGGCUACACCCUGCGCGGCUCCUCCAUCUUCGGUUUGGCCCCCAGCAAAGCCAGUGACAAGAAGAACUACACGUCCAUCCUCUAUGGGAACGGGCCAGGCUACCCCUUGGUAUCCAGCCGACCUGACGUGGAUGAUCACACAGCCGGAGACUUCGAGUACUUGCAGCAGGCAGCCGUGCCCCUUGACUCGGAGACCCAUGGCGGUGAGGAUGUGGCCAUCCUGGCCAAAGGCCCCAUGGCCCCCCUCUUCCAC